CGUUACUGCUCAACAUGCAACGUAGCACGUCCCCUGCGAUCAAAGCAUUGUUCGAAUAUGUGCAAGAGGUGCGUCCCCAGGAUGGACCAUCACUGCCCCUGGCUCAACCAGUGUGUGAGUCUCAGCUCCUCCCCUUCCUCAGCCUCUCCCCCUCCUCAUCCUCCUCGCCCACGCUGUCCCUUCCCCUCCUCUACUUGA